CUGAAUGGGACCAAAAUGACGAAAAGCAGUCUGACACAGCCUCGGCUUUUGCUAUUACCGAGUUCGACGCACAUGACACACGAAUGCAACUUCGGUUGUUUCAGAAUGAAUGCACUGACACUGACUGUCAAGACGAUCACACGUGUCAGACAGGCGGCCACACACGCGACCGACGUUGAAUUCAUCGACAGACACAGGACAGACACGGCACCCUGGCUAUUUGUCCCCACCCUCCCUUCGUUCCCUGGCUGCCAUCUGCGCGUCCAUCUCCGCCUGCAGCUUGGCCCGGAUCAGUGUCUGGUAGUACUCCAGCCGCCCCUGUUGGCUACCAUCGGCAGACGGUUGGUCCCGCGCCGGUGGUUGCCCCUGGGCACCACCCUUCGGCUGCAGCUGCUUUUGCAUGGCGUCAAGGCAUGUGGUGAGGUCGACGAUCUCAGCCGCCCCGCCGAGUGCCUCGAUGACCUUCUGGAUGUAGGACAGAUCGGUGGCCAGCUGACGCAGACCGCCGCUGCUUAGACGCUCUAUCUGAGAGAGACGACAGAGAGAGAGGCAGGCAGGCAAGCAGCCAGAUGGCUGAGUGAGUGAGGGGGGUGGGUUGAUAGAAUGCGUGACUGUCUGACCUGCGCGGCCUUUGCCAGGAGAGUGCUGCCGACUGAGCCGAGCACACGGGGGAGCCACACAGACGCACCAGACUCCUACACACACACACACUGAUAUGCACUCCACACGAGUGCCGCGCGUGUGGAUGUGUCCACCAGGCCUGUCUGUCUGUGUGUACCUGUGGGCCGUGUGCGGGCGAUACGGGUGUCUGGUUGGCCACCUGCUGCUGCUGCUGCUGGUGUUGCUGUGAGUGUGACUCGAGGUGGGGGACGAGGGAGAGCAGGUGCUCACCCACCGCUGUGAUUAGCGACGUCGGCGAACCAGACAGACCAACCUCACCCUACACAACACACGGCCAUAGGAUGCUGUAACCAACCGAUUGACCCACAGCAGUGCACUGUACACGUAAGGUACCAUCAGUGUGUCGUUGGAGACCGCCGUCCACUCGGUCAAGCUGUGAUAAUCCUGAAGACAAGACAAGACAAGACAAGACAAGACAGCCAUGAGGUGCAUUGCAACACACAUCGAACCUUCCCACCCACCGACCUGAAGCGUGACGGUCACAGGGUAUGUGCAGCACUGCGACACGACAUCCUUGACGCGACUCCGUAAACGGUCAAACUCCGCCACUGCCACAGCCAGGACAAAGGGCCCAUCGGAUGACCCUGGGGCUUGCGGCGGGGGGAUAGACGCGGCUGGUGGGCCCUCGGGCGGCUGCGUCUCAGCUGGUGGCUGCGACUCGAUUAUCUGCAAGGCCUUGGCAACACUCGCCGUCGGGAUCGUCGACAGAGACGGCAUCAGAUCGCUGGAUGGACGGACGGACGCACAACACACGCAGAUGGGGAAGAGACACAAGAGGCAAGUCCACACGGACAGGUGUGUGUGUUUUGUGUGUCUGGUUCCCUCACUUCUUGAGCGUUUUCUGCAGUGUGUUGAGCCUCGUGGGGCGGUGGUAGACGGCCUGGGCAGUGGCAAGCGCCGACCCCUGCAGGGCCGCGAACUUGUCGGCCAGGACGGCCAGCAGGUUGUGGAACUGCAGGCACGUCAUUAGCAGCGACACAUCCAGCGGCACAAGCGCACCCGCACCCAGCCCCACACCGCCAGACGGGCCAGACACACGCUGCCGCUGCAGAGUGGACGCCUGGUUAGCCACACAGAGGGAGGGAGGGUGGAUGGAUUGCCGGUGGCUUGGUGUGGUGUGGUGCUUGGCUUGCCUUGUGUUUGAUGGUGUUGGUGAAGAUGUCGCAGAGGGGCGUCCACCUCUUCCAGUACUCGGCGCAAAUGUCCUCGAUGCCGGCCAGCCACACGGGCGCCAGGAGUGCAGCCGACAAGUCCUUAAGGGCCUCGCCGCUCUGCGUCAGCCGCCACAACACCUUCAUGGCGUCCGUCUCGGCCUCGUACACCGCCUGUGUAGACAGACAACACACCCAUACACACACAACACAACACACACCCAAUGGAAUGAGUCCUCUCGAUAGGUAGACACACUGACCGACCUGUGACGGCGGCCAUGAGGGGUUGAAUGGCGGCGAUUUCGCGAUGCUCUCCCGGAGCUUAGCGAGCAGCACCUGGCCCAUCCCCCGCAGCAGCCCGUCGGGCAGAAGGCUCUCACGCACCGCUGGGGUGCCGCCAUGGGUCUCCUCGGCUGGUGCAGGAGUGACGACGGCGAUUGUUGGCCAGAGGCGCCUCUCGCUCUCGGCGAUGAUGGGCGUGGCGCACAGCAGAAGGCAGCUCUGCUCGUACGCCUGCACCAGACGCUCGAAGAUCUAAUGCAUGACACGCAGGCAGAUCAGAUGGAUGAAAGCAAAGCUGCAUCCAUCGUGGCUGGGCCGUCGUGUGGGCGGCCGGGCCGCAUGACACACCUGAUAAGCCUCAGCGGUCCUCCUCUGCUCCAUGGCCCACUUCAUGAGACGCCCGACGUCGGCAUGUGGCACAGUGACGCUCGUCCGCACCAGGCCAGCAAUGAGCUCCUUCCAGUCGAUCUCCAGCACCAGCGGCGCCGCGCCCACCUGUGGAUGGCCACGGGGCGAUGUGGUCGUGGUCGUGAGGGACUCUUCCGGGAGGUUGGUGUCUCCCGAUGUGCCGCCGAGCAGCAUUGAUGGUGAGUGUGGGCUGGAGAGGCCGCCGUCCUCAUCUGCUUCGUCGUGUGCGGGUGUGCGGUGUGUGGGUGAGGAGUGGCGGGGGGUUUCGGGCUGGUAGUCGCUCACGGCCUUGAGCAGCUGGGUGUGCUGACAUGACAGACACCACAGACAGACAAGAAAGAGAGAACGCAGUUUGUGCCAUUCGGCGACGAUAUAUGAGGGAUGGGGACACUCUGAUCUUCUCACUCCCCCACCCUGUUGAUCUGUUUGGAAGUCUGUUCGAAGAAGAGCUGGACGGCAUCGUUCUCGCUCAGACGGCUCUCGGGCUCGGCAUACCCACCACCGCCCCCAUCCAACAGGUCACCUGCUGCACGUAUGCACACACAGACACGAGACGAGAAACACAUGAAACGAAACCCGACCUUCCCUCCCACUUCCCACUUCCCUCCUCUCUGUCUGUUGGUGGCCCACCUUUGUCAUGUCUAAGGGUCUCUCCCUGCCGGCCCUCCCCCUCCCCGUCGGCACCCAUGGUGGUCCGCCGCCAGAGGUUGCCCCAGAUGUCCCGACACUCCUCAGCAAAACACUCCCUCGCCGCGUCCAGCCACGCCGCGCCCCCAUCAUCCUUGAGCUGGCCGAACACCUCGGCGCACAUCCGCAGCUCCUUGACGUUGACAUCCGCCAUGGCGGCGGCCAUCUUGUGCUUGACCUCGGCCAUCAGCUGGUCGUGGAAACGCUUGGCCACCGCGGCGCGCUUCGAGUACUCGGGAAGGACUUCCAGCACCUCGACGGUCUCCUGCAGGGCGGUGAGGUGGCCUGACACGGGCAGCAGGCUGCCCGACACCAGCAGCGCCUCGAUCUCCUUGACGCGAUACUCCCACUGGUGGAUCUCGGUCAGCACGCGCUUGCACGUCUCGAGUCGUCCCUUGGCGGCGUCGAUCUCCGAGAGGAAGGCCAGGCUCUCCUGCUGGUCCGUGUCGACGAUCGACAGCUCCCCAAGCAGCACCCGUAGCCGCUCCUUGCACCGGCUGAUCUCGUGACGCAUCUUGCCGAUGUCGCUCAGGAGGCCCGGGAUGGAGCUCACGAUCUGGCUGCCGACCACCUCGACAGACGACGAGAGGUCCGCACACGCCAUCUGCAGCUGCAUGGACAGAGUCGACAGGAAGGAGUCCAUCCCAGGGGCGGCGGCUGAUGCUGACGACGAAGGGGCUGCUCCCUUCUGGCCCUGCGAGAGCGGCCGGCCCUGUCUGCUUGCAUUGGUGCCGGCUGCGGCGGUGAGCUGGAACUCCUGCAUGAGGCCGUCCAGCCAUUUGGCAGCAUCGAACCUCUGGUCUUCGAGAGGCCGCAGAUCUAGCCUGCCGUCAGCCGUAUACGCACUCAUCUCUCAGAUUUGUGUGACAACGAUUUGCUUCCUUUUGUUGUCGUGUGGUCACUGCGGCGCGGGUGCCUUCCG